CGUUACCGGAGGCGGGACUUGGGUGAGCGGUGGUGAUUCACGGUGGAAUAACGGCGGAGCAGCAACGCUGCCCGAACACAGGACAUCGUCAUGUGGUCGCUGUGGCUGACAUGUGUUUGUGUUGUGCACAGCUCUGCCCUGCUGUCUCACGUGGACCAGUAUGAAGUGGUCAGACCUCAGAGGCUGCAGCACGGGAGGCAGAGGAGGAGCCUGAGAGAAAACCAGCUUCACCCAGAUACGGUGCAGUAUAAGUUGGCCAUUGAAGGGAAGAACCACAUCAUCCACUUGGAGAAAAACAACAAUCUUAUUGGAAAAGACUACACCGAAACACACUAUUCAGAGGACGGGAAACGAGUCAUAACAUCACCAAGUGAGGAGCACUGCUUUUAUCACGGCCAUAUUGAAGGAGUGACGGACUCUUCGGUCAGCGUGGGGAUUUGCUCGGGCAUUAGUGGCUUUGUGAGGGCCCGGCAGCAGCUCUACCUGAUCGAGCCUCUGGGAAAGUCAGAGGAUGAAGAGCAUGCCGUUUACCGACAGGAAAACCUGAAGAUCAGCCGCCGCCCCAGAUGUGGCUCUUUGUCAAACACCACUGUGCUGUAUGACCGGGACCAGGUCCCUCACCAAGCUGGGCUCUUCAGGUCCAGAUUGUGGAAUACUAAACCGGUCACACAGCGGUUUGUCGAGCUGUUUGUGGUGGUUGACAACACCGAGUAUAAACGAUAUGGAAGUCAGACUAAAUCUCGUGUUCUUGCAGCUCUUAAUCACGUAGACAAGCUGUAUCGAGCUCUGAACAUCCGCGUCGUGCUGGUGGGAUUAGAGAUAUGGACGUACAAGGACUACAUUGACGUGGACAUAAAUUCGGAGACCACGCUGGACAAUUUCCUGAUGUGGCGCCAGACCGAGCUCCUGCAGAGGAUGAAGCAUGACAAUGCCCAGUUUGUGACAGGCAAAGAUUUUGAAAAAGACACAGUGGGGUUGGCAAAUAAGUUCGCCAUGUGUUCCGAAAACUCGGGUGGAGUCAAUCAGGAUCACCAUGCUAACCCAAUCGGCCUUGCCUCCACCAUUGCUCAUGAGAUGGGGCAUAAUUUUGGCUUGUCCCAUGAUGCUGCAGGUUGUUUGUGCAGCAGUGAAAACUGUGUGAUGGCAGAGAAGCUCAGGACAGGAAGUGAAGCAUUCCCAGAGUUUUUCAGCAGCUGCAGCGUGGAGCAGCUUGCUGAGUUCAUGGAACGAGCUCAACCCAGCUGCUUGGAUAAACCAAACCCCAUCAGGACCAUCGCUGCGGGGCCUCACUGUGGCAACGCCCUGCUAGACCCUGGAGAGGAGUGUGAUUGUGGCACUGUGGAGGAAUGCAGGAACCUUUGCUGCGAUGCCUCAACGUGUCGUCUGACUGAGGGAUCCCAGUGUGCUCAUGGACAAUGCUGUGACAACUGUCAGUUCAAAGGUGCUGGAAGUGUGUGCAGGAGGUCGUCCAGUGACUGCGACCUGCCCGAAUACUGUACUGGCAUGUCCGAGGUUUGUCCCGAAGACAACUUUGAGAUGAACGGCAAACCGUGCUACGACCAGGCGCAGGGCUACUGCUACAACGGCCAGUGUCCCACUCAUGAGCAGCACUGCUGGAGGAUGUUUGGACAAGGAGCCACGGUUGGGCCUAAUAUUUGUUUUGAACUGACCACGCGUGGUGAGGAAGGCGCAAACUGCGGGAGCACCAAAUUUGGCUACAUCCCCUGCACUGCACAGAAUUUCAAGUGUGGAUCUAUGUUUUGCCAAGGCGGCGGUGAGUCCAUCACGGGUAAAAGGGCGGCCUACACUGUGCUUGGCACUGAAUGUAAACUCGUUGUGGAUGACUAUAAAACCAGAAACAUUGACAUGGUGCCCAAAGGAACCAAAUGUGGACCAAAUAAGGUUUGCCUUGACAACAGGUGUGUGGAUCUGUCAGCGUACGGGGCACAGGGAGAUUGCGCAAAGAAAUGCAACAGUAAUGGGGUUUGUAAUCACAAGAAAGAGUGCCAUUGUAAUCCCGGAUGGGCCCCACCUUACUGUGACACCCAGUACACAGAUAUACCUCAAGGUCAGAACUGGAUAAUAGCCGGUGUGUGUGCCGCUCUGGCCGUCCUUCUAGUGAUCACUGUAGUGAUCGCAGGGCUGAUGUGCUGUAAAAAGGACAACAUGGACAACUACACAUCCAAAAGGAAAGUGCAUUCAGCUCCCGGCAAGUUGAACCCAAUGUUCAAUGAACCGAGUGUUAAAGAAAGGCCUCAGAUCAGUCAGCCUACUUUCAUGGAGUCGACGGCGACGCAGGUCUGCUCUCCUCUGAUUGUCUCUGUGUCACCCAGUCGACCAGCGCCACAGCCACCACACGUGUCUUCCAUGUCAUCUACCUCACAAGCUGCACCGGCAAAACCUCAACCUCCUGCCAAACCUUUACCACCUCUGACUAAACCAAAGUAUAAAGGAGCCAAACCGAACCCUCCUCCCGUACCUCCAGUCAAGCCCAGUCCUCCUCCCCCGCUGCCCCCGGCAAAGCCACAAGUCCACAGACUGACAUGAAAAUAUCAUGUCAAAAAUAACCAAAGCCGACUACAUCAGCCUGUAGUCAUACACAGGCAUAAAAUAUAUAAAUAUAGAGAGAGAGGAAGAGAGGCAUCCUUGUUAUAGAAAACAAAGGGUCACUUCCGAAAAGCCUUAAGAUGCUGUGCGUGACGCGAGGUGUCUCCAGCUGAGAAUGUGUUUGAACACAUGACCAACAGCUGCGCUGCUGCUGUGGAUUUUUACUGCUGUUGCAAUUGUAAUUGUUUAAAAAAAAAAAAAAGGUUAUUUAACAGAUUGUGUCUUUGCAGGUUUGUGUAAAAUGAUCUAGUGUUGUUUUCUUUUCCUUUCCUUAGAGUAAAGAAUGAGAGGAAAGUCAGCAAAUGGCUCCUCUUAGCGCUCCGUACACGGGAAGCUAUCAGAGCGUCCUGAACAUACGAAGUAUGAAGUAUUUAUCUGAUGUUUGUGUCCCAAUGAUCUGUGAAGGACUUGUUCUGAGUUACUGAACACUGGUUAACUAGCCUGGACCUGAUUUCAUGGGUUUGGCUCAUAAACAAACAUGGACGUAGCCUUCAGGUUUGAAAAGUGAAGCAUAGAAGUAGGAUCGACGUAGCUUUUACCCACCAGAGACUUGGAAGUCAAUAGGAAAAUGACUUUCUACUUCCCCUCCCGAUUUAUAACGUCAGCAGCUGACCUCAAUAGUUUCAGCUCCUCUUCAACACAGCAUGAUUAUGUCUGUAUGUUUAGAGGAAAUUUGAUGACAACGCACGGCACGUGUGAGUGAACACCAGUGUAUUUGACAGCUGGUGUCACCCGGUAGUCGCCUGGUUGCAGGUGACGUCCGUCUAGUUGCUGCUCAACGGAGUAUUAGGGCCAAACUGAAGAGAUGAAAAAAGAAGUAAUCUUUCUAGAAUUAAGUGGUAGUAUUAGAAUAAACUCGUAGUAUUCAAAAAGUCAUACAUUUGCAACAAGAAAAGUCGUUAUAUGAGAUUAUUUUUAUUCACUUCACAAGGAGAAGUCUGUGUGAUGACUCCUUCCUUGCACAAGCCCUUUCAAAGUCCUGAUGCGAGCGAUAAUGUGGUGCCGAUGUGCAAAGAGAUUAAGCGUUUCCUUAUGUGUGUGACGCAGGUGGUUGAUAAUAGCCGAUAAUAAAUUAUGACUUUAUUCCCAUAAUAUUACGACUUUAUUCUCGCAAGAUUAAAAAAGAAAACGUCUCUUCAGUUUGGCCGCGAUACUCGCAGUCGUAAAAUACCAAAUCUCAAGGCUCCACAGCGAGAGUUCUUUUUUUUUCCUUUUCUUUUUUUCCAACCAGAAGACUGUGUUUCCUGUUUAUGUUCAGCCUCACGUUUACACACACAUCUCGUGGUGUUAUUGCAGGGUUUAAAUCUUACAUGGUACAGCAAAUUAAACGGCAAUCGGCCACAGCGUUGAAGCGGGUUUUGUGAACGGAAACAUUAAAUUAACUUUUGAAUCAUAUUACUCAAUGUUCAGUGUGAACAGUAUCCCUUCUUCCAGGGAGUCCUCGUCAAGAUAGCAGCACAGAUAGCACAAAUAGUUUCAGAACAAUUUCAGAUAAAAAACUCACAAGGUUAAAAGGAGGUCGUCAAAAAAGAGAGGUAUGAAUAAAGUGCAGACGUAUACAGGUCGUAACAACAAGAUCCUUAAUCUGAACUCCUCAAAAAGGUGAUUUAAAACAACAUGUUUCUGUCAUGAUGGUCCUUUUUAAUGUAUUUACAGAAGGCAGUGUCUUGGGUUUUGCAGCUCUGUUUUACCAAAUUAUUUUUUUAAAGUCUCGCUUCUUUUUCUUUGCCCAAUGUCAGGAUCCACUGAAACCGUUUUAUGAAGUUGUGCAGGGCCGACGACGCCUUCCUCAAGUCAGUUUUGUACUCUUCCUGAACUCUUCCAAAGCCAGUCUCCAUCUACACUCUUUAAGUUAACUUUCCAUGCAUUAUACUUGAAAACCUCUCAACGGUUCACACACACACACAGAUUUGUGUUUCUGUGGUUCAGCUGCAAAUAUUUACAUCUCCCUGUGUUUGUUUUCAGCCCCCAGUGAGGGGUGUAUGACACCGCCGCGAGGAGCAAUUACAUGUUGUUUUUAUUUUUUACUGCACUGAUUUAUUUUUUUUUCUAGGGCAACAGUCAUGUAGGAUAAACUUGCAAACGUAGUUCAUGACUGAUUGAACUUGAAAUUAAAACAGUUUGUUUUGUUUUUUGUUACGAAAAGCCUUUUGUGCACUUUAUGACAAAACUAUGAUGUUGUUGUCUGAAGCGAAACACGCCAGAGAAAUUCCUAUCCGUAGUUUGUCCAGUGGUGAGUUUGUUCUGUGAACUGCGUGAUUAAAAAAUGUUUUCUCGAA